GACUGACAAGUUUUUAAGAUCUAGCAGAAGUUUCGAAAUCGCAAGUUGAUGUUUAAUUGUUCAGACAUCAGCGCCCUCGCUCCCGUGCCUGAGCCUUGCUCUGUACACGCUCACUCAGUAAGAGCAUGGAACUAACUCAGCUCUCUGCCCAGCUCCUCUCACUGAUCUCUCAUCCUGUGUGGUUUGCCAUCUCUGUGCUUCUGUACCUUAUUGUCAGGCUACUGAAGAAGGGGUCAUGGAAACCGAGACAGUGUCCAGUGGAUCUCAGCGGCAAAACGGCCAUUGUCACUGGAGCGAACACAGGCAUUGGGAAGUUCAUUGCACAGGACCUUGCCCAGAGAAAGGCCCGUGUGAUCCUGGCCUGCCGCAGUGUGGAACGAGGAGAGAGAGCAGUGCGAGAAAUUCGACGCCAGACAGGAAACAGCGACAUUCACCUCCGUCUCCUGGACACCAGCUCCAUGGAAUCCGUGCAGAGGUUCACAGAGCAGAUCAGGAAGGAGGAGAAGCAACUGGACAUCCUUGUAAACAAUGCAGCUGCCUCAGGUUUGGACCCAGCAAUCACUUCUGAGGGUUUCGAACUGACUAUUGCUACGAACUAUCUCGGUCCAUUCCUCCUGACCAACCUAUUACUAGAUUUGCUGAAACGUUCUGCAAAUGCCCGGAUUGUGAAUGUCUCUUCGAUGAACCACAGUUCUGGGAAGGUCGACUUUAGGCAUUUUAAAGGGGAGAAUGUGCAGACAUCCCGAAGGGAUGGGAUGUACAACAACACCAAACUGAUGAAUGUAUUAUUUACCAUGGAACUGUCUCAGCAACUCCAGCAGACAGGAGUGACAGUGAAUGCUGUCCACCCGGGAGUGGUGAUGUCGGAAAUUCUGCGGAACUACAAUAUAAUCCUGAGGAUUAUCUUCAACCUGAUUGGAAUCUUCUUCUUCAAGUCUUCAGAGGAAGGAGCUGUAAGUCCCAUCUACUGUGCUGUAUCAAAGGAAAUGGAAGGUGUCUCUGGAAAGUACAUCGAUAGUGACUGCUCCCUCACUCUGCCCAGUCCAUCAGCACAAGACCAAGCUUUAGCUAAAAAGCUGUGGGAAGUCAGUGAGUCAUUCACUGGCCUUGCAAAUGACAAGAGUCAAGUUAAUGCAAUGUGAAUGAUUCCUCCAGGUAUCUCCUCAGGCAUUAACCCCACUGUCAAAAAUCUCCACUUCCCCAAAAUCCUCCUGUCUCCUGCCCUCCAUUCUAUCUCUUUGCAGCAAGACCAGGGCACUGUCUAGCCUUGAGCUGACAAAUGGACAAUUAAUAUUCAUGCCACAUAGGUGCCACACAAUGACCAUUCCUGACAAAGUUAAAAAUCACGCAACACCAGGUUGUAGUCCAACAGGUUUAUUUGGAAUUACUAGCUUUCAUCAGGUAACUAGUGGGGCAGGAUCAUAAGGCACAGAAUUUAUAGCAAACGAUCAGAGUGUCAUGCAAUUAAAACAAUAUAUUGAGCAAACCUAGAUUGCUGUUAAGUCUUUCAUCUUGUUAUGAAGUAGUAGGUGUACUCUACCUUUAAGAGAGAGUGAAAGCUGGCAAGGACUUAACAAGCACAGAGCAUUCUAAAAAAAUUAAAAAUGUAACAUUUGGCAGUGAAAUAAAUAGCUGAGCUGUUGCUCUGGUAUACAACAAAUUCGAAUUUGACCAAUCGGUUUAGAUUAUGCCUAAAGAUACCAAAGUCCAAACAAAUUUGAAUUUUAUUGUUUUGAUGACAUCAAACCAAUGAGAUGAUCGAACGUCUUGGGGUAUAAAAAUCUGGCAUUUUGAACAGUUAGCCAGAGCAGCAAAGAGCACACACAGACACAGACGGCUUGCAGAAUCGCUCUCUGAAAGGUACCUGUUCAUAUGAAAUCUGUGUAGCAGAAGACCGAAGACCCAGAAAAAUCUGCAGUGGAACAUUCAGAGGAGAAUCGACACAGCUGACUGGUUUUGAAAUUUGAAUUUUUUGUAAAUCUUAAUCGGAUCAGUAUAUUGUUGUAGAGUGGGAGGUAGAUAAAUCAUUAAGUCAAAGGAGGUUUACAAUAUAGAUAGUUGUUGUUUAAUGUUUUAUUUUUCUUGUAAAAUAAUAAAUUGUUAAUUUUUUAAAUAGUGGGAUUUGGUAGUUCUUUGUCACUCAGUUUUACAGAUUAUGAGCGAGGUGAGCUUUUCUGUGUCUGGUUUAAAUUAACAGAAGGGUUUACCCUGUGUCAUAACAAUCUUUUAUAAUGGGUUGCAGGUUUUGGUUCAUUA